AUGACUCACUAUUUCGUCAGCCAUUUGCCAUUGGGAGUAAUAGUUGUAUUCUUAUGUGUUUUACAACAGGAAUCAGUCUAUGGUAUCCAGUGCGUGGUCUGCAAUUCCUAUCUUGAUGGCCAGUUAUGUGAACCUUGGGAUCAGUUUACAUUCAUAACAAACUGUUCAAAGUAUCCCGGAAUUGAUGCGUCCAAACCAAUAAGCUGUCGUAAAAUCGAUCAAGUUGUGGAACAUGAAAGACGUGUAGUACGUCAAUGCAGUAAUGUUAUCGAUAAUCUGGGUUGUAUUGAUCGUGUUGGAACCAAUGAUGUACGAAUUCGUUAUUGUCAUUGCACAGAAGAUCUAUGCAAUUCAAUAACUGCAGUUAAACCACAAUCAUUCUAUUAUUUAUUCUCAUUAUCUGCCUUAACUUUUAGCUUCAUUAGAUUAUUAAUAUACACAUGA